AAAUGUGCAUUAACAAUCAUGAAGAAAGGGACUGGUUCAAGCAGGAGCCUUUAUCCAAGAGUUCAAGGACAGAUGGGAAUUGGAUUUUGUCUGGUGGACUUGAUUGGCAAGGGUCGAAGAAGGCUGCUCAGCUGAGAAAACAGCACAUGGCCUAAUUAUAUCCACAACACAGGGAUUUUUCAGUCCUAUCUUUAAAAAUGAACUCUUCCUUGCAUCUAUGAAGCAACGUGAAUCCUAUCAUUAACACUUCUUUCUUUGUUGCUGACAAAAAUUAACUCCUAAACCCACCAACAGAGCUUGAAAUGUCACAGUUCCCUUUAGAGUGACACAGACCUCUUCCUCCUCCUGGCAAAAUCUUCUGCAUGAAUGAAGGUGGAGAGAGCCUUAGUAAGGUGACUAUCUGAUGUCUCAGUGCUACUCCCAAAGUCAUAGUUUUUCAGGCAAGGGCACAAGCAGUGGACAAUGGCCCGGCGGAUGUAGCUGUCGAAGAUAUAGUAAAUGAAAGGGUUGACACAGCUGUUGGCAAAUGCCAAGGGUCCACUCACCUCCAUACCAAGCUGAAGAAUGGCUGAGGGAAAAUAGUGUUCUUGCCGCAACCCAGAGACAAUGGCCAGGAGCUUGAAAGUAUUGAAGGGCAGCCAGGAGACAAGAAAGGCUGCCACGACAAUAAAGAUGAUCUUUAUGGAUUUCUUCAGCUUUUUGUUGUGCUUUCCUGACUGCUGGUAAUGGGCACACAGCUUCCUUGCAAUGCAACAGUAGCAAGUCACAAUGCUCAACAAAGGGACAAAAAAGGUGAAAAUUAAGGCCACCAAGGACCAUAUGAGUUUAAUUGGAGUUGCCUUUUUCUCUGCACAGUAUGGCUUAUCAUCAAUCAGCGUGAGCUCCCUCGACAGAAGAGUAGGCAACCCCAGCAGGCAGGAGAUAAACCAGAUGCUGGCACAGACUACAUAUGCAGAGUCUGUCCUUCUGAAUUUCCUGGAUACCACUGGCCACACAAUGGCCAGGUAGCGGUCAACACUCAUGCAAGUGAGCAAGAGGACACUGCAGUGCAUAUUGACGGAGAUCAUGUAGGAGCUCCCUUUGCACAGGAAGGAGCCCGUCCUCCACAGUCCUAAAGAUGCUUCUUUAUCCACCCAGAGAGGCAACGUGACAAGGAAAAUGAAGUCAGAGGCAGCCAGAUUGAUGAUAAAGAUGUCGAUCAGUCUUCGGCUGCCGGGUUUGAAAUGCAACGCUCCCAUGAGAACAAGGUUCCCCAGCGCUCCAGUCAGGAACACAGCUGUGUAAAAGACUGGAAGGAAGACAGAGGUGUAAGGAACAUGGGAGUGGGUCUCCCUGAUGUCAGAGUUUGGGCUCGUAGCAUAGUAAUAAUCCAAAUAAACUGAAGUUUCUUCUGGGUCCAUCACCAAAGAGCAGAUGCCAAAUCUGAGCAGUCUGAAUGCCAGAAUGGAUAACCGUUUUGCUACAGCAUUUGUAAUUGCUUGUGUGCUUAGCCUCAUUUCCACCAUCUACAUGGCAGCCUCCAUUGGCACAGACUUCUGGUAUGAAUAUCGAAGUCCAGUUCAAGAAAAUUCCAGUGAUUUGAAUAAAAGCAUCUGGGAUGAAUUUAUUAGUGAUGAGGCAGAUGAAAAGACUUAUAAUGAUGCACUUUUUCGAUACAAUGGCACAGUGGGAUUGUGGAGACGGUGUAUCACCAUACCCAAAAACAUGCAUUGGUAUAGCCCACCAGAAAGGACAGAGUCAUUUGAUGUGGUCACAAAAUGUGUGAGUUUCACACUAACUGAGCAGUUCAUGGAGAAAUUUGUUGAUCCCGGAAACCACAAUAGUGGGAUUGAUCUACUUAGGACCUGUCUGUGUACACUGGGCUCAGUAAGUUGUUAUGUUGCUGGAAUUGAACUACUCCACCAGAAACUGGAGCUCCCUGACAGUGUAUCCGGCGAAUUUGGAUGGUCCUUCUGCCUGGCUUGUGUCUCAGCUCCCUUACAGUUCAUGGCUUCUGCUCUCUUCAUCUGGGCUGCUCACACCAACCGGAAAGAGUACACCUUAAUGAAGGCAUAUCGCGUGGCAUGAGCAAGAAACUGCCUGCUUUACAAUUGCCAUUUUUAUUUUUUUAAAAUAAUAACUGAUAUUUUCCCCACCUCUCAAUUGUUUUUAAUUUUUAUUUUAUUUGUGGAUAUACCAUUUUAUUAUGAAAAUCUAUUUUAUUUAUACACAUUUACCACUAAAUACACACAAUACCACUAAGAUUUAUGUGGUUUACUUUAAGCGAUGCCAUCUUUCAAAUAAACUAAUCUAGGUCUAGACAGAAAGAAAUGCAUAGGGACUUGACACAAAUUUAUGAAAGAAAAUUGGCAGUAGGAAUGUGACCCAAAACAAGUGCUAAUGUCUGUUAGACUUUUCAGUAAAACUAAAGUAACUGUAUCUGUUCAACUAAAAACUUAUAUUAGUUUCUUUGGGAAACCUCUCAUCGUCAAAACUUUAUGUUCACUUUGCUGUUGUAGAUAGCCAGUCAGCCAGCAGUAUUAGUGCUAUUUUCAAAGAUUUAAGCUCUAUAAAAUUGGGAAAUUAUCUAAGAUCAUUUUCCCUAAGCAUUGACACAUAGCUUCAUCUGAGGUGAGAUAUGGCAACUGUUUGUAUCUGCACUGUGUCUGUCUACAAAAAGUGAAAAAUACAGUGUUUACUUGAAAUUUUAACUUUGUAACUGCAAGAAUUCCAGUUCAGCUGGGCAAGGAUUAAUAUUAUUUUUAACUCUCCGUAAGAUUUUCAGUACCACCAAAUUGUUUUGGAGUUUUUUUCUUUCCUCUUCACAUACCAGGGUUAUUAAAAGUGUGCUUUCUUUUUAACAGUUACAAAGUAAAAUUCCCCAACUGCUAUUUAUUUAUUCCAGCCCAGUACCAUAAAGAACGUUUCGCCAUAAUGACCCUCCAGAGCUGGGAAACCUACCACAAGAUCUAAAGUUCUGGCUGUCCAUUAACCUCCAACUAUGGUCUUUAUUUCUUGUGGUAAUAUGAUGUGCCUUUCCUUGCCUAAAUCCCUUCCUGGUGUGUAUCAACAUUAUUUAAUGUCUUCUAAUUCAGUCAUUUUUUUAUAAGUAUGUCUAUAAACAUUGAACUUUAAAAAAUCUUAUUUAUUUAUUCCACUACUGUAGCAAUUGACAGAUUAAAAAAAAGUAACUUCAUAAUUUCUUACCAUAACCUCAAUGUCUUUUUUAAAAAAUAAAAUUGAAAAUGAAAAGAUA